AUGGCUCGAGAUACUGCAACGAACGCCAGCUCAACAGAGGACGCAAAUGAUAAAUUGAAAGACAAAACUAGCGGGAAAAACAAGGACGAGAAAGAUAAGAAAGACGAGGUGGAAGAGUUGUCUGAAGAAGAUCAACAAUUGAAGAAUGAACUGGAGAUGCUGGUCGAACGUUUGAAGGAACCUGAUAUAUCCCUGCACAACCCGGCCCUAGAAUCACUUCGUACGCUUAUUCGGACAUCGACAAGUUCGAUGACAUCGGUUCCGAAACCAUUGAAAUUCUUACGACCGCAUUAUGCAACUAUGGCAGAGAUAUAUGAAAAUUGGAUUGACUCUGAAAAUAAGAAUCGUCUUGCCGAUAUUUUAUCAGUUCUGGCAAUGACUUACGAUGAAGGCAAGCGCGAUUCACUUAAAUACCGUCUUCAAGGAUCCAAUGAAAAUCCCGGAUCGUGGGGACACGAAUAUGUUCGCCAUUUGUCAACCGAAAUUGGUCAAGAAUACGUAUACCGUACGGUAAAUGGGGAUUCACCGUCAACCGACGAUUUAAUGAAUCUUGCAUUGGAUAUUGUCCCCUUUUUCCUACAGCACAAUGCUGAAGCCGAUGCUGUUGAUCUGUUGCUAGAACUUGAAGCGAUAGAUAAAUUGCCUCAGUUUGUUGACAGUGAUACAUAUGUGCGUGUAUGUCUGUAUAUGGUCAGUUGUGUUAAUUUGUUGGGCCCACCGGACGAUGAGCAUUUCUUGAGAACGGCACAUUCUAUUUAUUUCAAACUUGAAAAAUAUUCUGAAGCAAUGAGUCUUGCUAUUCGGCUUAGAGAUGAUGAUCUCAUAAGGGAGGAUUUUGAAGCAGCCGGGAUGAAAGAUGCUUUAUUACAGAAGCAGCUUGCGUUUCAUCUUGCCAGACAGCAAAUUUCACUACCAAUUGAGGAUGAAGAAAUAGAAGCAAUAUUAAAUAAUAAUCAUUUGUCUAAGCAUUUUAUUGCCCUGGCGAAAGAAUUAGAUGUUUUGGAACCGAAGUCACCUGAAGAUAUUUAUAAAAGUCAUUUGGAAAAUAUCCGGCCCGGAUUUACGAGCGGCAAUGUUGACUCUGCUCGUCAGAAUCUUUCAUCAACUUUUGUUAAUGCCUUUGUGAAUGCUGGUUUUGGAACUGACAAGUUAGUUACCAUAAAGGAAGGACAUCACUGGAUGUAUAAGAACAAAGACCACGGAAGAUUAAGCGCUGCUGCUUCUAUUGGUAUGAUAAUGCUUUGGGACGUGGAGACGGCACUCAAUGUCAUCGCCGAUUAUCAAACGUCAGAAGACUAUCACGUCAAGGCGGGCGCCAAUUUAGCAAUUGGACUCGUAAAUGCAGGAAUCCGCAGUGAAAUUGAUCCUGCAAAAGCUUUGUUGUCAGAAACAAUUGAAGAUAGUAAGCAACGAGAUAUCGUGCGUAUAUCCGCUGUUGUGGGUCUCGGGUUAGCUUACGCUAACUCACAUCGUGAGGAUGUACAAGCUCUACUUCUUCCACUAGUUCUUGAUAAAAACGUAAAAUUGGAAAUAGCGUCUCUGGCUGCCUUGUCACUAGGUUUAAUUUCCGUUGGAGAUUGUAAUGGCGAUAUUGGUAGUGCGAUUGUUCAGGCUAUGAUGGAGCGUGAUAAGGGACAAUUGAAGGAUACCUGGGGCCGGUUCUUGGGACUUGGUCUUGCACUGUUAUAUCUUGGGAAACAAGAACAGGCCGAAACAGUGUUGGAAACACUAAAGGCUAUUGAUCAUCCAUUGGGUAAACAAGUCGGAGUGCUGGUUGAAAUUUGUUCAUAUGCAGGAACUGGCAAUGUAUUGAAAGUACAGAAAAUGCUUCAUAUAUGUAAUGAUCAUUUGGAUAAAGAGAAGGAAGAAGAUUUACAUCAAGCUUUUGCUGUUCUCGGAGUUGCAUUAAUAGCUGUUGGUGAAGAUGUUGGGGCUGAAAUGUCAUUGCGAACAUUUAAUCAUUUGAUGCAUUAUGGCGAACCGGUGAUUCGUCGGACAGUUCCAUUAGCACUCGGUCUACUGUGCGCCUCAAAUCCGCUACUCAACGUUCUCGAAACGCUCAGUAAGCACUCUCAUGAUAACGACGCUGACGUUGCAAUUAACGCUAUCUUCGCUAUGGGCCUCGUUGGUGCCGGAACAAACAACGCAAGACUCGCACAGAUGUUGAGACAGUUGGCGAGUUAUUAUCAUAAGGAGCCUAAUUGUCUGUUCAUGGUUCGGAUCGCACAGGGAUUACUGCACAUGGGGAAGGGUACGAUAUCAAUUAAUCCAUUCCAUUCUGAUCGCCAACUGAUGUCACCCGCUGGAAUGGCUGGUAUAUUAGCAACGUUAAUCGCGUUUACUGACGCUAAGAAACUAAUUCUCGACAAGUAUCACUGGUUCCUCUAUUUCCUCGUGACAGCAAUGUACCCCCGGUUCCUAAUCACCCUUGACGAAAACCUCGAAAGCCUUCCAGUCACUGUGCGUGUUGGACAAGCUGUGGAUGUGGUCGGUCAGGCAGGACGACCAAAGACAAUUACGGGAUUCCAGACACAUUCGACACCCGUAUUGCUGGCGCAUUCUGAGCGAGCAGAAUUGGCUACGGAAGAAUACAUUUCACUCUCACAUGUCUUGGAAGGUUUUGUGUUGUUGAGGAAGAAUCCGGAUUUUAUGGAAGAAGAUAGAGAUUAG